AUGGUCGCUUCAACUUUCUUCAUUGCUGCUCUCAGCUUCGUCGCACUCUCCUUUGCCGCGCCAAUUGGCAUCAACGUCGUCACUCGCGCCAUGGUCGCUCGAGAUGCUUAUAUCAUGUUUGGUGGAGACGGAACCGUGGCUACUGGCUGGCCAUCCCGGAAGUCAUGGCUGAGCUUCGACGAUGCCUGGGAAGCCAAUCUCAACACUAUUGAGAACUCCUGCCAGGUCGAAGGAUGGGGUGAGAACAACAGCGAUGCUGAGACGCAGGCCAUCAAAGAUAGCAUCACUGGCGAGUCUAGCGCAACUGGAAUUCCCAGCGAGUUCAUCCUUGCCAUCGUGAUGCAAGAGUCCAAGGGCUGUGUACGAGCCCCCACUACCCGCUGGUCCCACGAAAACCCAGGCCUGAUGCAGAGCGCUCAGGGCAAGGGAACUUGCAACCCUAACGGCAAUCCAAUCAGCCCGUGCCCUGCGAGUACCAUUCGCCUCAUGAUCCACGACGGCACUAACGGCGAUGGCCUUGAGACGACCUUGAAGCAGUGUCUUGCAGACGCCGGUACUUCUGACGACAGCAAAUGGUACAAAGCUGCUCGAUUGUACAAUGCUGGAAGGAUCACCGACAACAACCUUGGCAUCGGGCCUACGCCAUGCUAUGCUUCUGACAUCGCCAACCGUCUCACAAGCCCUUUCAACUGGAGUACUUGUGAUAGCGCCGUUAUUGGUACGCUUUCGAGUGCCCAAGGCACUGUCGCCGAGAGCAACACUUUUCCAAAGGAUCCGGCUCCCACAUCGUCCACUCCUACUGCCCAUUCCACUGUGCCUACUCCAACCAGUGUCGCAGCGGCUGCAGUCAACAACUCUGAACCCGAUACAGGGUCUUCUGUUCCUGAUCUCAUCAUUGAGGGCGCAGCAGCUGGAUGCACCGACUACUUCACCCCUCAGUCUGGUGCUAGCUGCGCUUCCGCGCCCGUUGAUUUCGCCACGCUUCGCAAGCUCAACACGCAGCUCAACUCGGAGUGUACCAAUCUCUGGGCUGGAUACGCCUACUGCAUUGCAGUUUGA